CGGGGGGUGGUCGGGGGCUGAUGAUGUGAUGCACCUGCAGAAGGGUAGCUCCCUUUUGUAUUCUGGAGCAUGCUGCUGCCGCCUGAGAGAGUGAGUGAGUGAAACAGAGCAAGAGAGAGAGAGAGAGAGAGAGAGAGAGAGAGGAAGAAAGGAUGAGAUCAUCACAGUCUCCCGGCAAAUGACUGAUGGAGCAGUGAGCAGCGCAUGGAUGUGCAAAGGGGGGUUCGCUUCUUUAGCUUGGAAAUCAAUAGCAUCUGCAGACAGGAAUACAAUUUUCACAUUACUGCUUCUUACUGCAGCAGAAGCUUUAGCGUGUAGCACUUGCCCAGCGUAGAUUACCAGCAGAUCAUUAGUUCAUUUACUGUGGCUUCCCUUUUCUUCUCCCCCCACCAUUGCAGCCACCACCACCCUGGAUUCUCUGCCUCCUGUUUUAUGGCAUGAACAGUGAUGUAUGACUGAUUCCGUCUCGAUCUAACAAGUAUAUGUUUUCUUCUUGGAAAGUGACGCUUUUUAUUCCAGCAAGUUUUUUUUCCUUUCAUUUUUUCCCUUGGGAGUGUUUUUUUCCCUUCUGAGUUUCUUGGAAUUGCUGACACUGUUUGGAUAGGAACAACAGAAUGUUAGGCUUGGAUGUAUGUGAGUUGGGUGGCCAAAUCCUUGAGCUGCUUUGGCUGACAGUUUGCUACAAAGACAUCAUUGCUGACAAAGAGGUGGAGAAGUACAUUUAUGAGGAGGACGAGACUGAUCUUAAUUAUCAGCCACCGGCACAAAAGUCUCUAGAAGAGAUUCAGAACCUGGACAAGGAUGAUGACAGUCUGAAUAAGUACAAGCAAACUCUGCUGGGGGCUGGAACUGCUUUGACUGAUCUUUCUGUCCCAAAUAUUCAGGUGACAAGGCUGACUCUUGUGUGUGACCAUGCACUUGGACCCAUCACAAUGAACCUCUCAGGUGACCUCGAGGCUUUGAAGAAACAAAAUUUCACCAUUAAAGAAGGUGUGGAAUACAGGGUGAAGAUUCACUUUAAGGUCAACAGAGAAAUUGUGUCUGCUCUGAGAUAUGUGCAUCUGACUCACAGGAAGGGUGUGAGAGUGGACAAGGCUGUGUACAUGGUGGGAAGCUAUGCACCACAGGAAGAGGAGUAUGAGUUCCUCACUCCUAUAGAGGAGGCCCCCAAAGGCAUGGUUGUUAGAGGCACUUACCACAUCAAGUCUUACUUCACAGAUGAUGACAAAACCAAUCACUUGUUCUGGGAGUGGAAUCUGCAGAUCAAGAAGGACUGGGAUGACUAGAGAAGCUCUCCAACAUCACAACACGCUCAUGGACAUUGUACUGUACAAACUGGAGAUGUAUAUGGAAUAUUGAUGGAGAACAGGGAUAAACAAUGGAGCUGAUAUGCUUCAUAAUUUAAUGUAAAGGAGAUUGCCUUCUGUUUCUACAUGUUAGAUUGUAUUUUAGACAAGUUGAUAAUAUAUUGAGUGCUCUUGUUCUGUAUAUUAUGUUCAGUGCCGUCAAGGAGUUUGUGACUACUUAAAGCAAGUGAUUGAAUGUAAACUUGUUAUGCCGAUGAUAUUCUCCUGUGCAAUGUACAAUAUAAAUGGCAUUUAUGAAAGCUACAUAAAGUGGAAAUUAAGGCCCUACAAAUGCACCUCAGUAAUGUGUGAACCAAAGUAUUUUAAAUGAAAUUAGAUUUGUGCAAAUCUCUGAGCUUAUUACCAAACUUUUUCUGGACUUCAUAAACUGUUGAUGAAGGCUGUUUCUUAAAUGUCAUUGUGGAAAAUGGUAUACAGUAUGUGACACAGAGUGAAUCCCUCCAAAAUAAUUAUUUGAGAAAGAGAAAAAUGAAUGUGCACACUCGUACAAAUAUGUGAAUAAAAUAUGCUUCGCAUAAUACUUGAAA